GGCUGUGGCCGGUUGCAUACCAACCAGUGUAUUCUGCUUCAAAGCAUGGAGUAAUUGGAUUUACACGUUCAGUGGCUCUGGCUGCUAGAGCAAAAAAUUAUGGUGUACGAAUAAAUGCUAUCUGUCCUGGUUUUGUCGCCACACCAAUUCUUCAGACUGCUUUCCAGGAAGAAAAUAUGGGUAUAUAUUAUUCAUUCAAAGAAGAAAUCAAAGAGAAGAUGGAAUUCUAUGGCAUUUUGAACCCAUCACUAAUCGCUGAAGGACUGAUAAAAAUCCUUGAAGAUGAUUCAUUAAAUGGAGAAAUUAUGAAGAUUACAAAACAAGGAAUUACUUUUCAAGAAUAUUGUACAACGCCAUAAAAAUUAACUUUACUAUUUUUUCCUGGAAUAGUUCAUAAUAUUUCCUUCCAUAAACUCACAAAUACUAAAUUGUUACAAGAAAAUUUUUGGUAAUGUUAACACUUCAUUUCAAUAUGAAAACUUCUGCCAAUAUGUGAAGGAUUUUUGAUAUUAGAAUUUACUUAUAUUUUCAUCAAUUAAUAUUUCAAAUGCUGUAAAAUAUAUUAUAUAAUUUUAAUUGUGAAAAGUACAGUUACAAAUGUGAUGCUUAGCAAGUGAUGACUUAAUCAAUUCAGAGUUUUUAUAGAUUUAAGAGAAAUAACAUCUGUUAUUCAUAAAUUAAUCCAAGCAACGUGACAGAAUUUCAGGAUCUGAUUUUCAUAGUACAGGAUUGCAUAUUUAAGAUUUCAUUCAUUUCAAAUUAAAUAAUGUUAUCUUUGUAAUUAAUUUUUCCAAGUCUUUUUCCCCCUUGUACAGACAAUUUAACAGUAGAUAUUGUAGUUAUUUAGUUUGAAUCUGCCAAAUAAUAUUUGCUGAAUCAUUAUGCUAAAUGUAAGUUUAUUAUCUGGUUACAUUAAAAUAGAACUCAUAAUUUGUCACAAAAUAUACUUGUACUAGAAAAAUAAACGAAGAAAAGCUUU